AUGAUCGUUUGCAACUUGAACCUUAGCUGUGCGCAAUCUCCAGGCGGAGGAGCCGGUGGCACGGCAGUGACGGAGGUGUACGAAGAAGUGUCCGGUUCUCUCGCUCCUCCGUCCCUGAGCCCAAAGGGUCACCUGGUGGUGGCGGUGUGCCUCGGCUUCAUCGGCAUCUUCGGGUUCCUCAAUAACUUUCUGGUGCUCACGCUGUUCUGCCGGUACCGGGCUCUGCGCACCCCCAUGAACCUCUUGCUGGUGAGCAUCUCAGCGAGCGACCUGCUGGUGAGCGUGGUCGGCACCCCGUUCAGCUUCGCAGCCAGCGUGCAGGGGCGAUGGCUGAUUGGACGCGCUGGGUGCAUUUGGUACGGGUUCAUUAACGCAUUUUUAGGCGUUGUCUCCCUGAUCUCCCUGGCCGUUCUGUCCUACGAGCGCUACUGCACCAUGAUAAAGCCCACCAUCGCUGAUGGCAAAGACUUCCGCCCAGCGCUUGGAGGGAUCUGCUUCUCUUGGCUCUACUCUGUGGCCUGGACUGUGCCCCCACUGCUGGGCUGGAGCAGAUAUGGGCCCGAGGGUCCUGGCACCACCUGCUCAGUAGACUGGAGGACUCAGACGCCAAACAAUAUCUCGUACAUUGUCUGCCUGUUCACCUUCUGCCUGGUCCUGCCCUUCAGCGUUAUUCUCUACUCCUACGGCAAGCUGCUGCACGCCAUCAGACAGGUCCGCAGUGUGAGUUCAGUGGUAAACCGGCACAGAGAGCACCGGGUGUUGGUGAUGGUCGUCACCAUGGUGGUGUGCUACCUGGUAUGCUGGCUGCCUUAUGGAGUGGCAGCCCUGCUCUCAACUUUCGGCCCCCGUGAUCUUUUGACCCCACAGGCGAGCAUCACGCCGUCGCUGCUGGCCAAGUUCUCCACCGUCGUAAACCCUUUUAUCUAUAUAUUCAUGAACAAACAGUUCUACAGAUGUUUCAGGGGCUUCCUUGGAUGCUCUACACCUGAAAGAGGCUCCACCUUAAAGACAUGUUUACGGCCAGCCAGGACGCUUCGCACCGGCCGCGAGCAGAAGGAACUCAAUGUGACGGAUCCUGCCCUGUCCACCAUCAACCCCACACCCAACUCCAUCCAAAAUGUAUCUCAGAGAGCUAAUUAUGUGCCUCCGUGUUCAUCGAAUCAUCACUCCGCUGCUUCACACUCCCCUGCUGCUAACACCCCCAAACCCAAACUGAUUCUGGUGGCUCACUACAGGGCAUAGAAAAGGGGAAAUGAGAAUGGGAAUUGAAGGUGAUGAAAAGGUCACAGGUCUCAAACCAACAAUUAUGCUGUCCUGAUACAAGGAUUUGACUAGGAUUUUAAAAAAUAAAAAAUUAGGACGUUUUUAAUCCCAGAAAAGGUUAUAUUGUUCUGUGAAGUCAGCAAACAGAGAUACACACAACAUGCCAGUUUAAUCCUGUUUACAAGAGGCAAUGUACGCACAGGGCUAAGCGUAUGCUUCAUGUUAAGAUUACCCAUUAUUAAAUCCACAUAAAUAGGUUAAGCAUUUUGGCUGUAUUAAUUACAUAUAACAUUUACGUUAAUUAAUAAUGUUCUUUUUUGAUCGGAGAAAUUAAUCAGAAAUAAUUUGAAGAAGCAAAGUGUU